AAACAAUAGAAACUAGAAACCGUUCUUCAGUCAGUCUUGACUCUGCUACUCUACUCUCAGUCUACAAUCUUUUUGCAGUUAGGCACACUAAGGCCUACUAAACAUAACCUAAACACAGUCGCUUUUUCUAUUAAUUUGAACUAUUUUCUCUCAGUGAAAUCAGCAUGGCAGCCUAUCUCUUGUCCCAGUUAGUGCAAGCAAGAAUCUCAAUUAUUGUUUUGCUUGCCUGUUCUUUCAAUGUAGUCUGGAGUGGAGAGAAUGAAAAGCUUCGGGAGGCAAUGAUGAAUUCUGCUAGAGCCCAAGGUAUUGACCCAGACAACCUGAAGCCCGGCCAGAUGUUAAUGACGCCGCCAGACAUGUCUGAUGAAGAAGAGGGGUCGCAAUUUAUGCCGAAAAUUCACAGAUGUGAUGGUUGUCGUGCUGUAGCUUAUCAGCUGGAAAAGAAUGCAUUCCCAAGUGCAGAGAGGAAGAAGAAGAAAGGACAGAAGCUGGGUGAUUCUGAGAUCCUGGAUGUGACUGAAAACCUGUGCAAUAAUGGUUUUCACAGACAGUAUGGUUUAAAGAAUGUAAAGGGAAAGAAUGUGUUGUCCGGAGAAGGCCUGGAGAGUGCAGAUGAACCUGGGAUGAUGGAAGCAGGGGGCAGAUGGCAAGCCAGAUUACAGAACUUGUGCAAGGAGUUAAUAGAGGAAUAUGAGGAGGAUGGCAUCUAUGAGAUGUACACUGAGCGUGGGGAGCAUAAGCUUGAGCUGCCAUUGUGUUCCUCUUAUUGUAAGGGAGCUGAUAGAAAGAAACUACAAGAUGAGUUGUAAGCCUUUGAUGGAGAGGAAAUGCAAGAGAAAUGUUUCUUUGCCGAAAUUUUGUACAUCAUUUUGAAAGAUCCAAUAGUUACUUCUUAAGA